AUGGAACGUUUUAACGAUCGCAUCGGGAAGAUCUACCGCCUUUGCCGCGUUUACGCCUUGAGCCGAGAUCCGUGUGUCUUCAUGAGGGAGAAGCGAACCCUGAAGGGCGAGCUAACUUUCUCCGAGAUUGAUGACUUCACGAAGGUGUGCGCGGACUUCGUGAAGAACCAAUCCGACACGUUUGUUAAGUGUGCGUCCCUUUGGGACCCGGAAUUGGAUGGCGCCCUUCCCAUUGCGUUGUUUCCUGAUCAGCUGCUGGUUAUCCUUGCAGCGGUGCGUUUCAAGCUUCGUUAUCCCCAUGGCAAGGCCCAGUUUAAGCGAUCAGGGGACCCGUCAGCCUUCUCCAGGCAGGCACGGGUGGUGCAGAGGUGGAUCAACGAGGGGCCCGUUGAACGGGAUGGCGACUGUGUCGGCAUUGGCAGCAUCUGCAUCGUUGGAUGGAAGGAGAUUCCUGAAGCUGAGCUGGAAGCAGAUGAGCUCGGGGAUUUGACCUGA